UGAGAAGUGGGGCCUAGUUCUGGCUGGUGAACGACAAACUUUUAGACUUCUUGGAGCCGGCGCCGGGCACCUUCAGAAACCUGCCAGGGUAGGAAGCCUGGAUCUAGGGCCCUGUCCGAACGGAUUUGCAAAUGGAGUGGAGUUUUCAGGGCACCCCUGGGUUUAGCUUAGAACUGCUGGGUCCAUGCCUCUCGCUGGCGUGAAGAUGAGCAGCUCCGAGGAGGUGUCCUGGAUCUCCUGGUUCUGUGGGCUCCGUGGCAAUGAAUUCUUCUGUGAAGUGGAUGAAGACUAUAUCCAGGACAAAUUCAACCUCACUGGACUCAAUGAGCAGGUGCCUCACUAUCGACAAGCUUUAGACAUGAUCUUGGACUUGGAACCUGAUGAAGAGUUGGAGGACAACCCCAACCAGAGCGACCUGAUCGAGCAGGCAGCUGAGAUGCUUUAUGGAUUGAUCCACGCCCGCUAUAUCCUCACCAACCGAGGCAUCGCCCAAAUGUUGGAAAAGUACCAGCAGGGAGACUUUGGCUACUGUCCUCGUGUGUACUGUGAGAAUCAGCCAAUGCUUCCUAUCGGCCUUUCGGACAUCCCAGGUGAGGCCAUGGUGAAGCUCUACUGCCCCAAGUGCAUGGACGUGUACACACCCAAGUCAUCGAGGCACCACCACACGGACGGCGCCUACUUCGGCACCGGUUUCCCUCACAUGCUCUUCAUGGUGCACCCUGAGUACCGGCCCAAGCGGCCCGCCAACCAGUUUGUGCCCAGGCUCUACGGUUUCAAGAUCCAUCCAAUGGCCUACCAGCUGCAGCUCCAAGCAGCCAGCAACUUCAAGAGUCCAGUCAAGACGAUUCGCUGAUCCCCUAUCCUUCCGUUCCCUUGGUCUUUGACACCUCUAUUUCUUCGCUGCACCCUUUCCAGAUCCCUUUAUGGUUUUUAGUUUAAAUUAAAGGAGUUAUUAUUGUGGUGGGAAUAAUGAAAUAAAAUGGAAGAAAAGGCAAUGAGCUAGUCUGCCAGUGCUUGGGAUUGGGUAAGGGAGGGCAAGUGCUGUGCUGAACCCUAAGGAUUCUCAUGGCUCAGCCACCUUCCCAAGCUGAAAACCAGCACAGAUUUGUUCCUACUGGAUUUGGAUGAUGGUAUUAGUAGAGAGCAGAACAGAUACUGAGAUUGUAUGUGGGCUAUGCAGGGUUAUCUAGAGAAAAAUAAAAAU